AGCAACAAGAGACACAAAAAAAACUUCCAUGCUGUUCCGCCAUCUUGGCCCUUGCUCCCUGAGUUAUACAUUUUAUGAUGAUAAUAUUUUGGUAACUAAAGCACAGAAAAAGCACUUAACAAAAUUCAACAACCAGUUGUAUAAGUCCACUCUGGAUGCUGUGGCGAAAUACCACAAACUUAGUGACUUCAGAGAAAUUUAUUAUCUCACAGCUCUGGAAGAUAGAUGUCUAAAAUCAAGGUACCAGCAAGGUUCUGGCUCUGGUGCAGGAAGGCUUGUCUCUGAGGAUUAUUUCCCAUGUGGUUACCAGCACAGUUGUCAAGCUGAUGCGAGGACAAGAGAGGAUACCUUUGUAUCCACAGUGUGCAGCAACAAGUGGCGCCUGAAAGGGACCAAGAGAAUCUACUGGCUCCAGGCUGUGUACCUCACCUCUCAAGCCCAAAAACAGGAAAGGACAUCUGCGCAUUCAGUUACCAACAUGAUGGUGUCUCUUUGCUCCCGUAACAAGUCACCCAAGGUAUUCUUCACCAAUACCCAGAUGCUCACCACUUCUGUGACAACGCCUUUUCCUGCUAAUAAAAAGAUAAAAGGGGGUAGAUGGGCCUUGAAACUGACUGAAGGCAUGGAGGCAAAUUUCCAUCAUGUAUUAAACGCUGUCAGCCAUACAAAACUCAGUCUGACAACAGAAGAAGUCACCAAAGGAAUUGCCAGCUCUGAGAGGCAGUGAUUUUAAGACCUGGCUCCUACUGUUCCCUGAAUGGGUCCCCCAGCAGAGGGAGGUGAGUGGAGACUAAGCAGCCUGCCGUCCAGUCCCUCUGCCUUCCUUCAACAGUUUGUUUUGACACAUUGCAUUUCUCUGUAUUUUAUUUGAAAAUAAACAUCUCUUUGCAGUUAAA